AUGGGUCCAGAUAGAGAGAAGCAGCACCAAGCUUGCCAGAAAUCAUUCUCUUCUAUUCAAGUCAGGCACACAACAAAUAAAGUUUCACCAGACCUACAGCUCAGCAGAGAAAGAAGCACAUUUGGUGUUCCUCUGGAAACCCUCCUUCAGGGUGCGACACAAUGUGGGGUUCCUUCUCUUGUGACACAGAUGGUGGAGUACCUAGAGGUGUUUGGUCUGGAGCGUGUUGGUAUAUUUAGAAUUGGUGGUUCAGUAAAUAAAAUCAAAGAAUUAAAACAGAAAUAUAAUCAAGGAGAAAAAGUGGACCUUAUUAAUGAUGGAGAUGUUGAUUCUGUGGCCAGUCUCCUGAAGCUCUUUCUGAAAGAACUACCAGUGGCUGUUUUUCCAGACAACAUUUGUUCUGGCUUGCUAAAAACUUUCCAAGAGCACAAAAUCAACACAACAGAAUGCAUAGAGAACAUGAAACAGUUGCUCAGCUGCCUGCCCAAAGCCCAUCAAAACCUUCUUCAGUUCCUGUCUGCUUUCCUGUUAAAGAUAGCAACGCACAGUGAAGUGAAUUUCAUGACUCUGGAAAACCUCUCCAUUGUGUUUGGACCUGCUCUAUUCAAGGUCCCUGUCAGUCCCUUGGCUUGUGAAGAGCAAAGGCUUUACAAUGGCCUCCUGCUGUAUCUGCUUCAACACCAUGAGAUGCUUUUUGUUGACCUGAACCCUUGUUUCUCACAGAGACAAGCAGAUGGCCUUCAGGGAAGCAACACAGAAGAUGCAGAAAGAGACAGACUCACAUUGUUAAGCAUUCAGGAGAAUUCCUUCAGCACGACAGCUUUAGCAGAGUGUGACGGGGAUUCAGACUCUGUCCAUGAAGAUCAAGCAGGCAGUUCCAGUCCCAGAGAUGAUGAUAACAAAGAAAAUUAUCCGGACAACGGUGCUGUCUUAGAGGAAAGGCAGCUGCCUUUGCCAGAUGCUCAGCAGCACAGGCAGCAGGCUGUGAUUGACUGUGCUCUAAAGCCUGAAAUGGGCAACUUAAAGCUGAGAAAACCCAAGCCCAUUGCAAAGCUAGAAAAUGGAAAAAGCCAUGAGGAAAGUCAGGAGCUGGAAUGUGCAUUGCCAGGCCUCCCAGAGUGGCAGGGGAAGCCUGGAUCCUCAGCUAAUGACUACACACAGAACGUGGCUCUGAGGUGCCAGGAAACAGUCGUGAGACUUCAACCAAGAAUAGAUCAGAACACAAGCAUUUCACCAAAGGAAGCAACCGAUCAAUGUAACAGCUUAAAUGAGAAUUCUUUGUUGAAGCUGCAAGCCCUGGAAAGCGAGCUGUGCUCCGCGUUCCUGCCAAGCCAGGAGGAAACCCCCCCGCUGCCGGCGCCCAGGGACGCGGCCCCUCCAUCGGCGCAGCCCGGCGGGCAGGCUGAUGGGGCCGGCGGUGGAGAGCAAUAUCACUUCAUUUCUCCUAUUAUUGAUUUUAAUUUAAUGCAUCAGCAGAGAGAUAGCGAAGAGCCUGUGCCAGCCCACAGAGUCUGGCAGAGCGACAUGGAGAGCAGCCCACAGGAGCAUCACUCCCUAGGGACCAGUCGACUGCUGUAUCACAUUACAGAUGGAGACAAUCCUCUUUUGUCACCACGCUGCUCUAUCUUUAGCCAAAGCCAGAGAUUUAAUCUAGACACAGAGUCUGCCCCUUCUCCACCAAGUGCUCAGCCUUUCAUGGUGCCAAGAAGUUCUUCCAGAUGUAACUGUGAAGACUGCAAAGAACCACAGACAGUAACACAACUUACCAAGCAUUUGCAGAGCCUCAAGAGAAAAAUUAGGAAGUAUGAAGAAAAGUUUGAGCAAGAAAAAAAAUACCUGCCUUCCCAUGGUGACAAGACUUCCAAUCCUGAAGUUCUGAAAUGGAUGAAUGCUUUGGCCAAAGGUCGGAAGCAGCUCAAAGAACUGAAACUCAGAAUUACAGAAGAGCAAAACUGCACCUCCACAGCACCCCAAAGAAAUGACCGUUGUGAAAGCACUGGGACCUCUAAUGAGGCUGGCACACAGGAGGCCACGAGCAUGGAACCAGCUCCCUCAGUGGAAGAAACCAUGGAUAGCGUAUUGAGGCGACUGAAGGAGAAAAGACAACACUUUCACCUUCCUGAGACUAUUAAGGAUAUGACAAAAAAGCAAAUGGCUUUGGAAAAAAUCAAUCUUCAGAAAUGUCUACUGUAUUUUGAGAGUAUUCAUGGAGAACCUGUCACUAAGCAAGAAAAGAGUCUCAUGAAACCUCUUUACGACAGAUACAGAAUUAUCAAGAAACUUCUUGCAGCUCCAUCUUUGAUCACAACAAUUCAGGAGGAGGAAGACUCAGAUGAAGACCAUUCUCAAAGCAGCCAUGAGUUGUCAUCUGGUCCAAUGUCUUGCUUCCCGGUUGAAGAGCACCUGUGUUACUCUCAGGAGGAGAGUGAGCCUGCACAUGUCUCACCUCUGGAUGAAAAGAAAGUUUACAGGCAAACAGCCUUGUCUAUGUCCAAUUUACACGAGGCAACAAUGCCCGUUCUGCUUGAACAUCUCAGAGAAACAAGAGCUGAUAAGAAAAGGCUUCGCAAAGCUCUGAGAGAGUUUGAGGAGCAAUUCUACAAACAGACAGGAAGGAGUCCUCAAAAAGAAGAUCGGGUGCCAAUGGCCGAGGAAUACUCCGAAUACAAGCACACAAAAGCCAAAAUCAGGCUCCUGGAGGUUCUCAUCAGUAAGCAUGAUAUUUCCAAAACGAUUUGAAGUGAAUGCAAUGCUGUGAUAUUGUUCUCUAGCAAAAAAAAAACAAGUAAUGAAAAAGAUAAAGUAAUUUUACAGGUCUUGGUCUGCUGCACAAUUACUUGACACACUGAGAUUUUUGAUGCACUUUACCAAUUAUAAUAGCUGGGAUGAGAGAGGACAGCAAUAUGCAAGAAUAUUAAGCACAGGUGAGUGGACUAUAGUAUAUAUUUUUCCUUUUGAAAAAGCCUUGAAGUGCACUGUGAGAAUAUUAAGAAAUGAAAAGGACACUGAAGUGUUGUAGCUCCUCAGUUUGACCUGCUCUAAAAGUGUGAGGAAAUGCUCUCCAGGUUUUUAGUACAUCUUAGUACCUGAUAAUGUACAACGUUUGUUUCCAGAAUUAACAUGCACUAGAAUUAACUAUUAAUGACGGCUCUCAAUGUGCUGAUUAAAGGAAAUGAAUUAAAACGAAUUAAGGGAAAACUCCAGACAUACUCUGGCUUUCAAGACAGAGUUGGCAUUCAAUUCCAGUAGCUUCAAAAAAAGGUGCAUAGAAAAAAGCCAGUGCCAGGGAGUAGAGCAAAGUGAUGCUGCUUAUGCAAAAAAAAAGGGACAGAACAUGAUGGCCAAAUGGAACUAUUGGUUUUUUAGAGAUAAGAGAAAAAAAUAGAGGUUACUGGGAAGAGAGAGACCAAAUGUACCGACUGCUGUCCUUUUCACUAGUUCACAGGACCUGGCUCACAGAACUUAAUAAAUAGAUCAACUAACUACAUGCUAAUUUUGAUUUUUGUACGAAACUUUGCACUUUGUUUUGCCUGAUGCUAUAACAUUCGCUUUUCUGACUACCAAAGCUCGUUUAGACGCAUGCACUUUGUAAAAUGUUGAAGUACUUCUUGUGUUAUAAAUUGCCACACACACAUAUAUAUAUAUAUAUUAAAACAGGACUAGAUUAUUGCAUUAUGCUAAGAUAUUUUGGAUAGAUAAAGUACAUGGUAUGUAAGUGAGUGUCACAGUUAUCUGAUGAGGACUGCUAGACUUCUUGUUUACUGAAAAUAAGAUUAUAAAAAGUUAUUUUUCCAUUGGAAUUAUGCAUAUUUCUUAACUUUCAGAGCACCACACUUUGUAUUAUUAAGGAAAAUUUGUCACUCUUUGUGAUAGAGCAUUGGUGUGAAAAGUGGACUGUUAACAGAAGGAUUAUCAGCAGGUUUUGUAUUAGAAAUGAAAAGCAGGGGGAUUCUGGGAAAUACCUAGCCCAGACAUAAAGGAGGGAAGAAUUAAUUAAAGA